GUACGCUCACAAAGGAAACAGCCGUUUUAAUGAAACAAAAGGAAUUUUGGUUGGGCAAACGUUCCCGAGUGCCUUUACUGAUGCCGAAGCUCAGCCGUUCCAGAUGAUGGGCCACGCGCCUUUUGUUGUGUCUCAGAAGUGCAGGUUGCCAUGCGUGGAAAAUCAUUUCCCUGGCUUCAGUCGCUGAUAUCUCCAGGAUAUCCCUUGUCUAUUGCCUGGUAGACAGUCGAUAUGCCUGUGUCAAUAGACAUCAUCCCGUUUUCAGAUUCUUUGGAAUUGUAUGGUGAACCGGAUUUUUCAUCUGCGUUCUCUCUGGCAGGCCAUGUUCUGAUCUCACUCAGUUCGCCUUCGUUUAUGUUCCAGCGCCGGCGGAGCACAACGCGUGCUUUGAUGCAAUCGCUCACAGUCACAUUCGAGGGACAAUCCGAAAUAAUCACUCCAGACAUUGGAUAUGCCGCUCUGCGACUCUGCUCCAUCACUCGCGAGCUUGUAAUCGGUGAACCCAUCGACCUUGCCAACGAAGGGCACGAAGAUUCCAAUAAGCCCUGCUCUUGGAAUGUUAUUUUUGACAUCCCUGUUCCUGGUUGGUUGCCCACUACGUCUAUGUACGGAGAUCGCAAUGCAGUUGAAGCUGGGACGCGCUAUGCCUUGUAUGCCACUGCAACUUUUAUCUCUCUCGAGGACGGCAGCUCCUCCAUAUUCAGCAGCUUUUUCUCACCUUUUAGCUGUCGCACUCACACAAUCAAUGCGCCAAGAUGUCCAGUCACCCUCAUUCGUUUUGCCGAGGUUCCUUCUACCCCCUCCUCGGUGUCUUCCACUCCUGUCUUCCCGAUGGCAUUGUUCAUCGUCGAUGCGCAAUCAGGAAAAGACGACACAGAAACAGACACGACAACUAUUCCGCCUGACAUCCUGAAGAAGAUUCAGGUCGUCGCAUCCAUUCCCACCGCAGUGACUUUGGAUGAGACAUCCGUUCCUCUUAUCCUGCGCUUACAAGGCAAUGAACUGGACGCCUCUCAGCGAGAGCGCCUUCGAAUAACUGAUUUCACUGUUGAUGUUGAACAGAUUGAAACGUACAGGAGCAUUACUUCUCUUGAUCGCGUAGCUCGAUUUGUGGUCCCGCCUAGGACGCAACAACCCCCUUCUUUCCCCCUUCGGAAUGCACAUCCUGUGCAUACACUCUAUGAUGUCGGCUUUCUCAUGACUCCAUAUCCUUCUAAAACUACUUCAACUCGUUCAUUUUCCCUCUUCGAUCCCUCAAAUUCCGGGAAGUAUAUUAUUUCCGGUGACGGUCGCGUCUUCAUGCAUGACUCUCCAGAGGGCGAUGUGACCCCUCACUCUCCUUCAGAGAACUGGUAUGUGCUGGAGGCAAAUAUACCUUUGGCACCAGAUCCCCACCAAUUGGAUUGGGCUGGGAUCCGCAGCCGUCGCAUAUCUGAAAAUACCCCUCUCUUCAGCGUGUGCCACGCGAUGCACAUUGCACUCCGGUGCGUCUACAAACAACCCGAUGGCGAGGUUGUGAGCGAACGCCUCCACUUUUCACUGCCCAUGCAGCAUGUGCGGGUAGCUGUCCCACUAAUUAUUCCGUCCCCUACCGAUCGCACCACUGUGGACACAACGGAGCUCCAGAAAAGUGCUCUAUACAGUCAGAGUCUUCCCGCAUACUCUCAGCUCUUCCAUUCGAACGGAGAACGCAAGAUCGAUUACUCAACUCCUCUUCCACUUUACGAACCUCCAUCAUCGGCUUCGUCGUCAUCUUCGUUCACCCUUGAUUGCAGUGACGAUGAUCGAAAAUUAAUCUCAUAAUUUUCUGAAUUGUUGCAUAUACACCGACACUCGCACACAAAAACCGAAGACAUCGAUAUUGUCAUGUAAUAUUUGAGACGUUCAGUCCAUCGCACUUUCCUUUCAAUUUAUUUUCGUGCUGCUUUUUCGUCCUCUUUCGUUCUGCUGAUCUGGCAGCUUUGCUUGUCUUCUGUUUUCAUUCGCAUUGAUUUAGUCCGCAUACCAAUCAUUCCU